GUCACGACACUAGACAACUCGCUCUCAAAUCUCUGCACUCUGAAAUCUGUAAGAUAGUCAUAGUGAUUAUACUUAUACCUUCUUCCCACCCCACCCCCCACCCCCCUUCUGCAUUACAAUAAUUCAAUUUUCACUACCUUCCUUCUUCCGUUUUCAGGGUGAUACAUACACCUAUACAUACACACACGACCCACACUACACUGUGAGUGAGUGAGAUUUUAUUUUGCUAUAAGUUCCACUCUCUUAGCAAAAUUUUAUUUCACUUUUCUGCUUUUCUCCCCCAUUCCCAUAGCCUCUGGCGUUGGGGGAAUUUCCUCCGCCUUCACCUCUCUCUCUCUCUCUCUCACCUCUUCUCUCUCUCUAUAUAUAUAGCAAUGUAUAUAUUUGUUAAAUCUGUCUGUCUCUCUCUCUCCUCUCUCUCCUCAUGAGAUACGGGUUCUUCCUUCUCUUCCGCAGCACCAUCUUUAUAUGCACUUCAUUUCAAGAUUGCACCUCAAAGAAAGGCCUUUUUUGCAUGAUUCUCGAAACCCAUUAAAAAGAUUAUCAUCAUUAUCAUCAUCAUCAUCAUCAUCAUUUCAUUACCCAGCCGCCCACACAUAAAGUUGAACUACUACUAUUAAUCCAGCAAACUCUCAGAGUCUCUUUCUCUCUCUCUCUCUAGAAUUUGAGGGAUAAAAUCAAGAUCUGAAGCUGAUUUUGAUCUGUUUUGUCAAAGUGCACAGCAGCCAAAGAGGGGAAAAAACGAAAAGAAAAGAAAAGUGAUAUUUGACCGCAGAAACCGAGGCACGUUAGAUUUGUCUAAGGGAAAGAAGAAGAAGAAGAAAAAGAGAGUUUUUAACAACUUUUAUUCUGCCUAGCAGCAGCAGGUUUGCAAUGGCCUCGUCGUCGACGACCUCGCCGUGCGCGGCAUGCAAGUUCCUCCGGCGAAAGUGCCUGCCGGAGUGCGUGUUCGCCCCGUACUUCCCGCCGGACCAGCCGCAGAAAUUCGCGAACGUGCACAAGGUGUUCGGCGCGAGCAACGUGACGAAACUCCUGAACGAGCUGCAGCCACACCAGCGCGAGGACGCCGUCAAUUCCCUGGCCUACGAGGCGGACAUGCGGCUGCGUGACCCCGUCUACGGCUGCGUGGGCGUCAUCUCCCUCCUCCAGCACCAGCUCCGCCAGCUCCAAAUGGACCUCAGCUGUGCUAAAUCCGAGCUCUCUAAGUACCAGAACCUAGGCAUCUCCGGCCACGGCCUCCUCCAUCACCAGGGGAUCAACCUCCUAGGCGCCGGCGCCGCCUCCGCCCGCGACCACCACCACUUCCACCACCAGCUCUUCCCCGUCACCAACCAGCAGAUGAUCAGGGCCUUUGACGGCGCCAGCGGCUACGACGCCAGCAGCCUCCUCGCCAUGAAUAUGUCCGCCAGCAUAGGCCAGCUCAGUGGCUUCCCGCAGUCCAGAGCCGCGGGAACGGCGCCGGACGGCCGCCGCACGCCGGUCGAACCGUCUUAAUUAGGGUUUCGAUACUGUUUUUUCUUUUUCCCCCCUUUUUUUAAGUGCGAUUUCAUGAGAGGGAUAUUAUUAAUAUAGAGGUAAAGAAAACCACAUGACCUUGUUUUAAUUAAUUGUUGGUGCGUUUUUGUGUAUUUUCUGAACUUUAUUGUAAUUCUAUAUUUGUUUUGUGAUAUCUGUGUCUUGGUUUAUAUAUUAUUUAUAGUCGUUAUAAAUAUUAGGA